AUGGAAUUCCUCGAGGCUAAGAAGGCCGUCCUCCGGCUGAUUCACUCGACUGCUCCGGCCCACCUCCCCGCGUUGCUCCAAUGGAUGCGCACUAGCAGAGACUUUGAUGAUUUUACUCAAGAUAAUACUGAUGUUAUGUUGAAAAGCAUAGCAGAAGACCUUCGGAAUUGCUUGCCUCUAGACACCAUGCUUUCCUCAGAACAUCUAGCCCUCCAAAAAAUACAGCAGCAGCCAGAACCUACAAUUCACGUCGAUGCAUUCCUUUAUGAUGAAGACUUUAUUGAUUCAUUAUGUGAGGAAGGAAAAAUGAGCAGAAACUACUGUAAGAUGUGUGGCUCUCACCAGACAGCUCCUUUAGGAUUUAUUUCACAUUCCUUCUCUCUCAUGGAAUUGAAGUUUAUUUAUCAUCAUGUACUCCCUGAUCUGUCCGGAAAGGUCUUGGUUGACGUUGGCUCCAGGCUUGGCACAGUACUUUAUGGGGGUUAUCUUUACAGUUCAGCAUUACAACUAUAUGGAGUAGAAUUGAAUGGAGAGUUUUGCCAUUUACAGGAAAUGAUUAUAAAAAAAUACCACUUUGCUGACAGAUUAAAGGUGAUUCAUGCAGACAUCUGUACCCAGGGUUUACUUCUACAGAAUGCUGAUAUUAUUAUAAUGAAUAAUGUCUUUGAAUAUUUUCUUGAUGAUGUAGAACAAGCAAGAGCCUGGGAAUACAUCAACCAAAAUGUAAGGAAAAAAGGAUCUCUAUUAGUGACAGUACCAAGCCUUCAAGAUUCUCUAUCAGCUCUUCAGAUUAAUAUACCAUUAUCUUCCUGGGUUGAAGAGGUGCCUCUGAACUAUGAUGUAUACCCUGAUAAUGAUAUUGACAGGGAAGCUCUUGAACAAAUACAUUUAUAUAAGGUUCUCUAGCACUAAAAUAAUCCUCAUUGUAAUUGUUUUGUUGAGAAUAUUGAAAAUAACAAAAGAAACAUAAUCCUAACACCUUACAUGUAUUUUUUCUGUAUAUUACUAUGUAGUCUUUGUAAUAAGCUCAGAUUUUGUAAAUUAUUAUUUGUAUGUGUUAUGUAUGCCAGAAAGUUGUGUGUGUUCUCCUUGAGAACAGAGUUGGGUGACUGGAGUGGGUAUAGGAUUUAUCUUGAGAACAGAACUAGGUGACCCAAAAGCCAAGUGUGUGUCUUUAGUUAGUAAACACUAUGUACCCAGUCUAGAUAUGAUCAAAGUCAGACCAGCUGUAUCUGUUUCUGUUACAAAGAAGAUGUAGGGAAGAUAAGUUGCUUCACAGUUCCUUUAUUAGCUCUUUUAAUCUAUGAGUCCCUUUAUUUAAAAAGCCUUAGCAUAAGGACUGAAAAAAAUGCUGCUAUUGACAGGAAAAAAAAAAAAAAGAAAAGAAAAAAAACUAGAAAGCUUCUAAAAUAAAGAUCAAGAUUUUU